AUGGGGUGCUGGGGCCAGUGGCCGCUCUGGAGCUGGGUGCUGUGGGGGCUCUGGGUGCUGCCAGCAGAGCUGGGCAGCGUCUCCCCCGCAGCCGACAGCACCAGCGCCGAGCUGCCUCUGGAACUGGGCACGUGCCAGGUGCUCCCCACCACCGCAGCCGCCCAGCCGGAGCACCCCUCUCUUGCCAGCAGGACCACCUCCACGGGCAGCCACGGCUCAGGCAGCCUGGUGCCGCAGGUGACGGCGAGAGUGCUGGUCCCAGCCAAGACCAGUGAUCCCCUCAGCAGACCCUGGGACCACCGCGGCAGAGGUGUCUGCAGGCGGAUCCCCUCCAACCAGACCCAGCGUGGCCACGUCCUUGUCCCUCACAGGCGCUGGUGGAGCAAAGCCAGACAGGACCCCUCGAGCCGCCACAGCACCAACAUCUUCCCUUGGGGCAGUCGCUCAGCCCCACUGGCCGUGGCUAACCCCAGCCCAGUGCUGGCCACAGCCACCCCCCUCCCCAACGCCGCCACUGGCAAGACACCCCAGCCCGUGACACCGCCGCCCCGCGAAAACGCAGCUGUGGAGGGAGGUGGGGUCAGGUCCCAGCUGGCAGGAGAUGGCAGCACCAUGCAGGCAGCUCUGGGCUCAACCCCAGCUGAAAACACAAGGGCAGGUGCCACGACAGGUACCCCCCACAGCAGCGACACCACCCUGGGGACAACCCCACCAGCAUCACCCCCUGCCAGAGCCAGCGUCACUGCUCGGCCAAGUGUGGCUGCAUCGGACCACAGCUAUCGCACUGCUGAGCCCACCAUGGACACGAACACGGGCAUGGACUUGGACAUGGACACGGCUUCUCCUACCACAGGGAAUGGGGCUGCAGGGCUGCCCCUGGGAUUGCCCACUCCUAUGGCUGGAGUGGCUGAGCCAGGUACUGGAGAUGCCACUCCAUCGGCACGCUCUACCCCAGGCAGCAAAAGCCCUCUGGCAGUGGCCAUCGUGGGCACGGUGUCACCCACAGCUCCGGAGCCGGUUAUAGCAUCUUCCCCUGGCCUUGCUUACAGUACUUCUGAGCCAGAUGUCAGUGUGUCCCCUCCUGUCCGCAGGAACACCCAUGCGGUGUUGGUAGCACCCUCCAUCACUCCCAGCAUCGCUGUCACUGGUCCAGCAGCAGAAGCAGGUGAUGCCAAUCUCGACAGGGUCACAACACCCCCCUCUGCUGUCUCCAGUAGUGCCUCCACUCCACGCAGCCCCCGUGUCACCCCGAGGCUAUCCCCUGAGGCCACUGAUAGCACCCAUGAUCCAGCCUUGAGGGCUCUCAGCCCAGUCACUGAGGAUGAGCCCACGACCAGGAUCUCCUCACUGGGUGUUGGCCACACACAUACAUGGGAGACUACAGCCGCGUCCCGGUCAAGUGCUGGGGGUAUCACCGCCUGGGCGGACACCACCCCCUCUGAGAGCAGUGCCAAGAGUGCAGCACCCCCAGCCGACACCAACAGCACCCAUGUGCCUGUCUCCAACACCACUGGCACAAGCCCAGCCACAACGCCUGCUGCCAGCGUGAUCCCCAGCAACACCAUCCCACCAGCCACCUCAGCCAGCGGGGAGACCUUCGUGGUGACCGAGGCCACCACAGCUGUGCCAACUGCCACGGUGAAGGCCGCCAGCACCAGCAGUGCCCUGUCCCUCACUGUAACACACGACGAGGCAGGCAGAGGACAACCUGUCCUAUCCCCAGCUGUGCGCACCCCCUCGUUGGAAACAACUGCCAAGUCCUGGGGCGUCCUCGGUGCCAGCCCUGCUGCCGCGGUGCCCGGUUCAUCGCUCACCAGCCCCCACAGCCCAGCAGAGGAGCCAGCAACAAUCCCCUCAUCCCUGCUUGGUGUUGGUGCAACUGGGGAGCCGGCAGCUGGACAGACACCCCCCGAGCCGGCAACAGGAGUCACUUCUCCCACGGCUGUCAGCAGCAAUGCCAUGGGACAGGCAGCGAGCACAUCGCCUCCUGGCUUCUGGACAUCUCUAGGGGCACCUGCCUGGCGGGAGACAACAGCUAUCGGUGCAGGCAGUGCUACAGCCAUCACUGCAGGCAGCACCACGGCCAUCGCUGCAGGCAGCACCAUGGCCAUCACUGCAGGCAGCACCACGGCCAUUGCUGCAGGCAGCACCACGACCAUCGCUGCAGGCAGCACCGUGGCCACUGCUGCAGGCAGCACCACGGCCAUCGCUCCAGGCAGUACCAUGGCCAUCGCUGCAAGCAGCACCACAACCAUCACUGCAGGUAGCACCGCAGCCAUCACUGCAAGCGGCACUGCGACCACCGCUGCAGGCAGUACCACAACCAUCGCUGCAGGCAGCACCACAGCUAUCACCGCAGGCCACACCGUGGCUGUUGCACCCACAGCCCCAGUGAGCCCAGCCAAGGACAUGGGAGAUCUCCUGGCCCCAGGCACCAUGGCACCGGGGAGACCACCAGUCACCACCAGCCCUGGCACCACCCUGGCUCCUGCCUUUGGGACACAGAGGGGACCAGCCACAGCACCAAGCACAUCUGCCCAUACCACCACUGGCCACAGAAAUCCUACCCCUGAGCCCCAACCCACUCACAGGCUUAUCAGUAAGUAG